CCUAAAAGUGGAUAGAGAAUCCUAAACAAAAAAAAAAAAAAACAAACAAACACAAAACCAAUGGCAACCAUAAGCUCUCAUUUUCUCAAAACUCCAACAAAAAUCCAAUCUUUACCCAAAACCCACAAAACCCAUUUCUCUACACCCUUCAAUCUACCUCUCCCAACCCGUUCCACAUCAAAAAGAACCGGGUCGACCCGGUCAGUGGGUGCCCCGACCCGAAUCAGUUGUGGGUUAUUGAUAGAACCAGAUGGUGGCAAACUAGUAACACUCUUUGUUGAGGAAUCACAAAGAGAUUUAAAGAAAGAAGAAGCAGUUAAGUUACCACAAAUAAAGCUUAACAAGAUUGAUAUACAAUGGGUACAUGUGUUAAGUGAAGGUUGGGCUAGUCCAUUAAAAGGUUUUAUGAGAGAAUCUGAGUUCCUCCAAACUCUUCAUUUUAAUUCUAUUAAAAUUGAAGAUGGCUCUGUUGUCAAUAUGUCUGUACCAAUUGUGUUAGCUAUUGAUGAUGAAAAGAAGAGUGAAAUUGGUGGCUCGAGUUGUGUCAGUCUUGUUGAUGAUGACAACAACCCCAUUGCCAUUCUAAACGAUAUCGAGAUCUACAAGCAUAACAAAGAAGAACGGAUAGCAAGAACUUGGGGCACAACUGCCCCAGGUCUUCCUUAUGCAGAUGAAGCUAUAACUCAUGCUGGAGACUGGCUAAUUGGUGGUGAUUUGAAAGUUAUAGAACCAAUCAAGUACCAUGAUGGUCUUGACAGGUUCCGACUUUCACCUGCUGAACUUCGUGAUGAAUUUACAAGGCGUAACGCAGAUGCAGUUUUUGCUUUUCAACUGAGAAAUCCUGUGCAUAAUGGCCAUGCAUUAUUGAUGACUGACACACGUCGGCGACUUCUCGAGAUGGGAUAUAAGAAUCCUGUCCUUUUGCUUCAUCCUCUUGGAGGUUACACAAAGGCAGAUGAUGUUCCACUUCAUUGGAGAAUGAGGCAACAUGAAAAGGUACUUGAAGAUGGGGUGCUUGAUCCAGAGACAACUGUGGUUUCUAUAUUCCCAUCUCCCAUGCACUAUGCUGGUCCAACCGAGGUGCAAUGGCAUGCAAAGGCUCGCAUCAAUGCUGGUGCUAACUUUUAUAUCGUGGGUCGAGAUCCAGCUGGAAUGGGUCAUCCACUGGAGAAGAGAGAUCUUUACGAUGCAGAUCAUGGAAAGAAGGUCCUCAGUAUGGCUCCGGGACUAGAACGGUUGAAUAUCUUGCCUUUCAGGGUGGCGGCAUAUGACAAGACUAAGAAUGGAAUGGCUUUCUUUGACCCCUCUAGGCCUCAAGAUUUUAUCUUCAUUUCAGGCACCAAGAUGCGAACGCUUGCAAAGAACAAGGAGAGCCCUCCAGACGGAUUUAUGUGCCCAGGUGGUUGGAAGGUUUUGGUGGAAUACUAUGAUAGUUUGGCUCAAGCUGAAAAUGGCAGAGUAACUGACCCUGUGCCUGCUUGAAUGCAUCAUCGAGAUAGUGAAUUACAGUAUGUUUGGACUAGAAACAAUUUCUCCCCAUUGUGGUAUCUGAAGAUUCUUUUUUAACAUUAUUACUCUCCAAAAGACAAAUAAUAAUAGCGAGGCAUGGUGGUAUAGGUUGAGGAAAUUUUUUCUUCCUUUUGUAAAUUAUGGUGCUAAACAAAGCAUGCUAAAAUUAUGCACACACCUAUGUUAUAGGGUACUUGCUUUAAUGAAAAUGAGUUUUUAAGUUUUCUGGUGGAUGGACUAUGUAGUACAGAAGUUGGAGAGUUGUAUUUCAUUCUUUUUGAUAGGAAACUUUGGACACCAUUUGUUUUCACUUAAUGGAGGUUUCAUUCUGAAUCA